AUGCCGACGUACAAGCUGACAUAUUUCGAUAUUCGUGGACUCGGCGAGGGUGCACGUCUCAUUUUCCAUCAAGCUGGUGUACAAUUCGAGGAUCAUCGUGUGAAGAAGGAGGACUGGCCUGCGCUCAAACCAACCACUCCAUUCGGUCAAAUGCCAUUACUUGAUGUGGAUGGUGACGUGAUCGCGCAGAGUGCUGCCAUCUACAGAUACUUGGGCAGACAGUUCGGUUUGGCUGGCAAGACACCGAUGGAAGAGGCACAGGUGGAUUCGAUUUAUGAUGAGUGGAAGGAUUUCGCUGCUGAGGCGAAACCAUACUUCAUGGUGUACGCUGCAUUCGAGCGUCGAAUAAAACUUUCCGUUCGUCAUUUGCAGGCCAAAAUCGAAAAAGAAGUGCUGAUUCCAGCUCGUGACAAGCACAUGCCACUCAUCACAAAGUUCCUCGAGAAAUCUGGCAGUAACUUCCUCGUCGGCAACUCGCUCACCUGGGCUGACAUCGUAAUCAGUGAUCAGCUAUUGACAUAUCAAAACUGGGUACCAGGAUUUUUGGAACCUUAUCCUCUAUUACUCAAAUUCGUCGAAAAUGUCCGCAGUCAACCGAACAUCAAGAAAUGGAUGGAAGAACGUCCACAAUCUCCUUUCUAA